AUGGGGGAUGCAUGUUUCUCGACACAGCUCAUUGACGGUGAUGGGGUCUUCAAUGUUUCUGGAUUGGAUCAUUUCAUGAAGGAAGUUAAAUUGGGUGAAUGCGGGCUCUCAUAUGCUGUUGUAUCGAUAAUGGGCCCACAAAGUAGUGGUCACAAACUACUAAAGGAUGACACAGCCUUUGAGAAGCAAAGUGCAUUGUUUGCUUUGGCUGUUUCGGACAUUGUGCUUAUCAAUAUGUGGUGUCAUGACAUUGGCAGAGAACAGGCUGCAAACAAACCUCUUUUGAAGACCGUCAUGAUGAGGUUGUUCAGUCCACGUAAAACAACAUUAUUAUUUGUAAUUCGUGACAAAUCAAAGACACCUCUUGAAAAUCUUGAACCUAUUCUAAGGGAAGACAUUCAGAAGAUAUGGGAUGCUGUUCCUAAACCCCAUGCCCAUAAAGAAACUCCACUCAGUGAAUUUUUCAAUGUAGAAGUUGUGGCUUUAUCAAGUUAUGAGGAAAAAGAAGAGUUAUUCAAGGAGCAGGUUUCCCAUUUAAGAGAUAGAUUUCAGCAUUCGAUUGCUCCUGGUGGACUUGCUGGUGAUCGCCGUGCUGUUGUCCCAGCUUCAGGUUUUUAUUUUAGUUCACAGCAGUUUUGGAAGGUUAUUAAGGAGAACAAAGACCUUGAUCUACCCGCUCAUAAAGUUAUGGUGGCUACUGUACGUUGUGAGGAAAUUGGUAAUGAGAAACUUGCCAGUUUUACAGCUGAUGAGGAAUGGCUACAAGUUGAAGAGGCUGUUCAACAUGGCUAUGUACCUGGGUUUGGGAAAAAACUCAGCAGCCUUCUUGACAGAUGUUUAUCUGAGUAUGACAUGGAGGCUAUAUAUUUUGACGAAGGCGUCAGAACCUCAAAAAGACAACAACUUGAGUCUAAACUCUUGCAGCUUGUCAAUCCUGCAUACCAAUCGCUUCUGGGUCAUUUACGGACUAGAAUUGUGGAAGAAUUUAAGGAGUCCUUUGACAGGGCCCUCACAAAGGAGGGAUUUGCUAUUGCAGCUCGUGAUUGUACGCAGACUUUCUUAGAAAAGUUCGAUAAAGGAUCUGAAGACGCUGCUAUUCAACAAGUGAAAUGGGACCCCUCAAAAGUUAAGGAUAAGCUUAAGCGUCACAUUGAAGCACAUGUGGCUUCAGUUCGUGCAGCAAAAUUAUCAGAACUUUGUGCCAAAUAUGAGGCACAACUUACGAAAGCUCUGGCAGAACCUGUUGAAGCCCUGCUAGAUUCAGCCAGUGAAGAUACCUGGUCAGCCAUUAGAAAGCUGCUCCAACGUGAGACAAAAGCUGCUAUUUCAGGUCUUGAAUCUGCUCUUUCAGCUUUUGAACUCGAUGAAGCAACUGAUAAAGAAUUGCUUGCGAAACUGGAAAACCACGGAAGAAGCGUUGUGGAAUCAAAAGCAAAAGAAGAGGCUGGAAGGGUCCUGAUUCGUAUGAAGGACAGGUUCUCAACUCUAUUCAGUCGUGAUGCUGACUCAAUGCCAAGGGUGUGGACAGGAAAGGAGGACAUAAAAGCAAUUACUAAAACUGCACGUUCAGCUUCCAUGAAGUUACUUGCUACACUGGCUGCAAUUCGGUUGGAUGAGGAUGGUGACAACAUAGAAAACGUCCUCUCCCUUGCUCUUGUUGAUACUUCAAGACCUGGGACUACUGAUAGAAGUAUUCAAUCAUUUGAUCCACUUGCCUCCAGUUCGUGGGAAAAGGUUCCUGAGGAGAAAACUAUAAUUAGCCCUGUCCAGUGCAAAUCUUUGUGGAGGCAAUUUAAAGCUGAAACAGAAUAUACAGUCACUCAGGCUAUAGCUGCUCAGGAAGCAAAUAAGAGGAACAACUGGCUACCACCUCCCUGGGCGCUUGCCGCAAUGGCUAUCCUCGGAUUCAACGAAUUUAUGACAUUGCUGAGGAAUCCCCUGUACCUGGCUGUUAUAUUUGUUGUCUUCCUUGUUGGGAAGGCCUUUUGGGUACAGUUAGACAUUGCCACUGAAUUCCAAAAUGGCUUUCUUCCAGCCAUUCUUUCGCUGUCCACAAAGUUUGUUCCCACUAUAAUGAACAUUUUGAAGAGAUUAGCAGACGAGGGGCAAAGACCUGCAGCCUCGGACAGGCAACGAGAGACAGAGCUCCAACCAACGAAUCGUUCGUCAUACAGCAGUGUGACAUCUGCAGGGUCGUCCAGCAUAACUGCCACAGAGAGCGGACCCGAAUGUUCAAGCCCGGUGGCAAAAUGA